AUGGGAGCAAGAGAUCUACUCUUCAUCACUAUGAGUCACAAUGUCUCCUUCGUGGGCAAAACGUGGUGGGUGCUGAUGCUGCUGCUCCGCCUGCUCGUCCUCCUGCUGGCCGGCUCCACCCUCUUCGGCGACGAGCAGGAGAGGUUCAUCUGCAACACCAUCCAGCCGGGCUGCUCCAACGUGUGCUUCGACGUGCUCGCCCCCGUGUCCGUCUUGCGCCUCUGGCUCGUCCACCUCGUCCUCCUCUGCCUUCCCCACGCGCUGUUCGCCACCUACGUCGUGCACAGAGUGCUGCCGCGUUCCCUUCGAGGAGGGUUCACCCUCGAGGGCUCCAGCGAGUCGAGACAACUGCACCUGCACGAGGCCCCGUGUCGCGACCCGCCACGUGAGCGGGGAGCGCCGCGCUUCUACUGCGCCUACUUCCUGGUCGUGCUCCUGCGCAUCCUCCUGGAGGUGGUUUUCGCCGCGGGCCAGUUUUUCCUCUUCGGUUUGUCCAUUCCCAAGCGCUUCCUCUGCUACGAGGCUCCCUGCAUGUCUGGCGUCGAGUGCUACGUCUCCAGGCCGACGGAGAAGACCGUGAUGCUCAACUUCAUGCUGGCCGUGGCCUCCCUGUCCGUGCUGCUGAGUUUGGUGGACCUGGCGAGCUCCGUGAAGGCGAUGGUGACGUGGAGGAGGAGAAGGGAGAUGUCGAUGGAAGAGAUGAGCAAAGGGGAGCAGAACAGCAUGCUCACCACGACGACCGCGACCGAGGACGACGAUGUCCAUCCCGGCAGAAGAACCGGCCCCGGUGAAAGCCCAAGGAACGGCCUCAACGAGGAAGAACGCGCCGCUGCUGUGCCAAACGGUGACGGUCUUCACGCGAAGGUGGACGCUAACGACGCGAGGCCAGACAGCAAAUACGCCACGGUGGAGACGUCUCGGCCGCCCACGCGGACCUGCGCUCCGGCACCAACUCACUUUGUCAUCCACAGCCACCUGAGACCGCCGCUGUGCCGUCUCCCCGACAGAGCACCGGGCCCCAGGACGCCCACACCCGUGGGUGUCCAAAACCAGUCUGAGAGCAGUGAGUCUCAGGACAAGAGGGCGUGGGUGUAG